CAGUUCAAGCUCAAUUGCGGCAGUGUUCCACGCAUCGUCAUCUAUGGUUGUCCUCAGGAUAAGAAAUGUGCACAAAAGAAAAUGUGCGCUCAUUUGCCUCUCUGUUGCUGUUGUCAUCACAUACAGAUACCUCGGCAUGCCGACAGUGGGGCAGAGAAUGAGCAGGAAAUUCGGACUGAGUGCCAACUCAUCCCAGUUCACCUUGGAGGGUGAGCCCUUCUGUAUCCUCGGCGGAUCCAUCCACUAUUUUCGCGUGCCCAGGGCCUACUGGAGAGAUCGCCUGAUGAAAAUGAAAGCCUGUGGCAUCAAUACCCUCACCACAUUUGUGCCGUGGAGUCUUCACCAGCCACAGAGAGAAGUCUUCAACUUCCGUACACAACUGGAUUUAGAAGCAUAUAUCAAUCUUGCAGCUGAGCUUGGUUUGUGGGUGAUUUUACGUCCAGGGCCCUACAUCUCCUCUGAGAUGGACCUCGGGGGGCUGCCAAGCUGGCUUCUCCAAGAUGGCAACAUGAGAGUGAGAACAACAUACCCUGGAUUCACUAAGGCUGUCAACAUUUUUUUUGACAAACUUAUUCCAAAGGUUGUUCCCUUGCAGUUUAAAAAAGGUGGUCCCAUCAUUGCCGUCCAGGUUGAGAAUGAAUAUGGGUCUUUUGCGAAGGAUGAUACUUACAUACCUUUCAUUAAAGAGGCUUUGCAGUCCAGAGGGAUCAGUGAGCUCCUGCUCACUUCAGACAACCACAACAUGUUUAGGUCAGGGGGUGUAGAUGGAGUUAUGAGAUCAGUGAAGUUGAAGAAACUAAAUCAGAGAGCCAUUCAGGAUCUGAACAUGAUCCAGCCAAACAGACCAACCAUGGUUAUGGAUUACUGGACAGGCUGGUAUGAUGUAUGGGGUGACCUUCACCACGUGCUCCCCCCAGAGGAUAUGGUGUCCACUGUUCGAGAAAUUCUCAAGCGCGGAAUGUCCGUAAACCUAUACAUGUUCCACGGAGGCACCAGUUUUGGUUUCAUUAGCGGAGGGUUGGCUGAACCUUCCUACAAAGCAUUGGUCCCUAGCUAUGAUUAUGACGCGCCUUUGUCCGAAGCUGGAGAGUAUACUCAGAAGUUUCAUCUCCUCAGAGAUCUAUUCUCUCAAUUCAACAGUAAGACAAACAAUAAAUAUUCUGCAGAUGUGGCUGGAGUACCAUAUAGUGACUCGAUUCCCAUUCUAGGAGGUGAAGAGUUCCCCGACCUGCCAGUGCUCCAACCGAAGGAAGCAUAUGAACCAGCUAUUAUGUACCAGCACCUGUCCUUAUGGGAUGCUUUGAGCUUUACUCAGGGACCAUUUACGUCAGACACGCCGGUUAACAUGGAAAAUCUACCAAUGAACAACAAGAAUGGACAGUCCCACGGAUACACACUGUAUGAGACAACAAUCACCAGUGGAGGCUUAUUGAAGUCAGGAAACAACGUUAAAGAUCGUGCCCUUGUUUUUGUAAACAAAAGUUACAUUGGGCUUUUCAAGCGCCAGAAUUUGGAAUUGGCUGUUCCAGAUGGCAAGGGACCGCGGACGUUAAGUUUAUUGGUGGAAAACUGUGGACGAGUUCACCGGGGAAGGGACCUUGACAACCAACGUAAAGGUCUUGUCGGGGACAUUUUGCUAAACAAUAUUCCACUCCGGGAGUUCACAAUAUACAGCCUGGAAAUGAAACCCAGCUUUAUUUAUAAUCUCUAUCAGGCUCCUUGGAAAACUCUUCCGGAAAAUCCCAGCUUCCCUUCUUUUUUCAUGGGCAAGCUCUUUUUGUAUCAGUAUCCCAGCGAUACCUUUGUGAAACUGCCGGGCUGGCAGAAGGGUGUUGUGUUUAUCAACGGGAUAAACUUGGGACGCUACUGGUCAAUUGGACCCCAGCAGACUCUUUACCUCCCCGGUCCAUUUCUCAACAGGGGAAUCAAUCAGAUUAUUGUGUUUGAGGAGCAAGAAGGUGACUACAAGGUCAACUUUGAGGACACGGCAGACCUCGGCAUGGCAGCUGACAUUCAGUGACUCUCAUCAUCUCGUGUAUGUCUUGUAUGCUGAAUCAAUUAUCAUUAUUAUUUAUUUACUGAUGUACAGUUUGUUUUAAUGAUGUUUAAAGAUAUUUGUUGCAGCCAAUAAAUGUUAUUGUUAUUUGUAAA